CAAAGCCUCGCCCUGGCUAUUUACUUUCUGCUUGCGGCUCCAUGAACCCUUCACUUCUUCAACUACAACCCGCCCGCAUUACCACUCAUUACUAAGUCUACUAUCUCAACCGUUCCACAAGCAAUCACAGAACAAGCGCAGGCGUAUUCGCAGGCGCAUCCCCGUUCGAAAUCACAACAGCGCCUGUUGCCUGCUCGCUCUCGCCUUUGCGUACCCAGUCGUUUUCACCACAACCUCUACCAACACGAACACAAGCACAAUCACCAACCUGAAAACACUCGCUUUGAUCAGGUCUGCCUACUGUUGGCGUCGUCUGCCAUGGCUGUUCCUACCAACAGACGGCCGCAGCGAGGACCUGCUAAGGGACCUGCGAACAACCGCAACCGAGAUGCAAAAAAGGACAUUCUGUCCAAGACUCGAGAGGUAGCAAUGCGAGAUGCUCGACCCGCCUCCGCACCCACAUCUUCUUCCGUUCAGCUCCAUGUAACAGGUUGGCGGAGUUCCAAGGCUGCAUCCAACAACGACGGAGGCGUGUCGGCCCUCACCUCCUUCUUGGAGCGACGUGCUGGCAUAUCCAGCAAGAAACACAAUAAGGGCAAAGGAAUUACAAAGCAGCAUGCCGUACGGAUACGCAAGACCACCGUCGACGGCGACACCCUUAUCAUAAACAUCAGCUCAGACGAUGUGCGCUCGUUCUUGAGCAUCAAUGGCUACGAAUUCGCUGGAGCAAAUCUCAAGAUCACCCUCGCCGAUGCUCAGGCUGGUGGUCGCUCCUCAUUUUCCUUCAACAAAAGCAACAACUCUGGCCCAGAUCUCGGAGACGCGUCUCAAGUUCGACAAAUUUUCAAGGGCGUGCUGGCCAGACGCUACAGUGUGGACAAUAAAGUGCUGGAUCUUAGCAGCUUAGGGUCUGAUCCAGACCUGAACAAGAUUGGUGUGAUGGAGAUCACACCCAAAACAUUCCAGGUCUUAAUGAAGAUAUGCGACGACGUCUUCACAACAGCCAAAGCCAAAGAAGACGGUGUCGUCUCCGUGUCAUUGGCAAACAACAAGCUCAAGGAUGUGUCUAUGGUCACGUACCUAGCAUCCACAUUUCCGGCGCUCAAGAACCUCGACCUUCAUAAUAACAGCAUCUCGGAGAUGCGCGACUUGCAGCGGUGGCGACACAAGUUUCGACAGCUCGAACACAUCAUCCUGACGAACAAUCCCAUAGAACAAGAAGUCCCCGAUUUCAAGGUCCAACUCAUCAAAUGGUACCCAAAAUUGCAUAGCAUAGACCUCUUGCAGAUUCCAGCGGCUGAGCUAGAAGCCAUUCGAGCGAAAAAAGGGCCACCAAAAGUUCAGCCAGGUCGCUUCGAUGACCAAGGAGGGAUCGGAGAGCAAUUCCUCAAAACCUUCUUUGCAGGCUACGAUAAUGAUCGCAAUGGCUUGGCGCAAUAUUAUUACGAUGAGAAUUCGACGUUUCAAGUGCAAGUCAAUACUCGAGCUUUGAAGGAUCCCUCACAGCCAAAACCCCAGGGCAACGAAUGGACCCACUAUAUUAAGCACAGUCGAAACUUGCUCAAACUUGAUCACCUCAACGCUCGGGCAAGACGAAGUUACCGCGGCCCAGGUGAUAUUGCCAAGGUAUUUGCAGAGCUGCCAGCAACACGACACCCUGAUUUCGCAAGCAGCCCUGAGAAAUGGCUGCUCGAAUGUCGACCACAGCCUGGUUUGCCCGACCCCACAGGUGCAGCGCCUGGAGGUGUUAAUGGUUUGGUCAUCACAGCACAUGGCGAGUUCGAAGAACCGCAAAACAACAAACUCCGUAGUUUCGAUCGCACGUUUGUGCUCGGACCUGGCGGACCCAAUGGAGUGCGUGUCAUCUCAGAUUCGCUUACCGUAAGAGCUUAUGGAGGUUAUGAAGCAUACCAGCCCGAACCUCAAGAUUCUGCUCCAAUGAAUGAAGCGCAGGAAAAGGAGAUGAUGGCAUUGGAGGUUUCAAAAGCUACAGGGAUGAAUAUGCAGUACUCAGUUAUGUGCUUGGAACAGGUUGGAUGGUCAUACCAGGAUGCACUUGCUGCAUUCGCCAGCCACAAGGAUGCGAUUCCAGCAGAGGCGUAUAUUCAGUGAGGAAAGGAAAUUGAAAGAGAAGCGACAGGUUUUUCAUAAUAUUUCAAUCGCAAACUGCCUUCGUUAAGCGAUGAACUACGGAUUUCGUUAAUUGGCGAGGCGCUGGUGGGAUACAUGGUAGCUUUGAUACCCGGGUCAAAAUAGCAACGGGCCCUUCAUUGCAGCAUAGAAUGAGCAUUCAGCUGCCGCUAGAUAAAACACAAUGAAUGUCUGAGACGGCUCAAAUAUAUA